AUGGCAGAACAAGUUAGGGUUGAGUUAUUCGAUUUUUCAACAACACCAUCACAGCAAGGCUGGGAAUUAAAUAAAUUUCUGCAAGAAAGGUUUCGUAAGAAGAAACCGACCGGAGCUUCAUUUGCAUAUUCCACCUUUCGUAAAAUUAAUACUAUUAGCACAAGAAGGUGGAAACGACGAUUCAUUGCCAACUCGUUUGCAAUUUGCAAAUCUUUAAAUUGUAUUCUCAUGCUCUCAUCAAACAACACGGUCUAUGUUUAUUCUCUCAAAUCUAAAAGGUAUCUGAAUCGGUUUCCACUCUUUCCCUUUGGAUAUAAUUUGGGAGGACCUCCACUACAUUUUAAAGUGGUAGAACGAGAGCAAGAUCCAAAUAAUCAGGCUCACAUUAUUGUACUACUUUCGGAUAGUUUUAAUGGUAAAUUGGAAAUACAUAAAAUUAAUUUGGACACAUUGAUGAAAGAACGAAGUCGUAUGAAGAAUAGAAAUACCAGGAUUUUAGAUAGCUAUGCUUCUAAUUUGGUGUGGAAAAUUGAGAAGAAUAUACCCAAGACAAAUGGAACUGCCACAAUGCUAUUUGUUCCAAAUAGAGAGUUUGAGAAUGUUGAAAAGGGUGACGCUGCUAUAUUGAUCUAUUUCACUAAUCAAAAGAAUAUCCUAGAUUGUUUUAGUUACAAGUAUGGAAAACAACUGAGUUCUAUAACUGUCCCUGAUACUAUAAGUAGCUCAAGUACUGUAUUACAUUUAGCUGUCAGUGGAUCUAAUUUAAUAUUUUACAGGUAUAACUCUGCUGAUUUUGUGGAUCAAAGAAUGAAUGUAAUACAGAGUUUGAAAACAAACAUUAUUUGCAUUGGAAGCGCUGUCAUCUAUGAGCCAAAUUCAAAUGUGUUUAUAACCCAGCAAUCAUCUAAAAUUAUGGCAUUUCAAUAUCGCGAUGAUAAUCUCAGUGUUGUUGGAUCACGCAAGUUGAGAGUAAAAGGUAAAACAAUCGAUUGGUCAAUGAUGCAUUUCAAUGAUUCCAAUGGAGAGCUAUUGGUUCUGCAUCGUAAUGAGAAAUUAUUAACAUUCAAGUAA